AUGUGGGUGCGCCGGUGGGGCCGGCGUGCCGAUGCCGUCGUCCGGGAGCUGCACCGGGCGUCAGCAUCGCGUCCGUCCCGGAGCGGCACCGGCGCCGGUGACAGCAAUGAGGUGCCAACCAUCCCCCCACCGCGGGCACGGGGCGGGGGAUCCCGGCUGCCCACCGUGUGCCCACCGGAGCGGGGGCAUAUCCUGGGUGUCCCCACGGACGGGUUUGCUGGGGCCGGUUCCGUUCCACCGGGCUCCAGCCGGCCCGCGGGCUCGGGUGUCCCUUGGAAGAGCGGCGGAGUCUUUGGGGUCUCUGUGGGGUCUCUGUGGGGUCUCUUUGAGAUCUCUGUGGGGUCUCUGUGGGGUCUCUGUGGGGUCUCUGUGGGGUCUCUGUGGGGUCUCUUUGGGGUCUCUGUGGGUCUCUGUGGGGUCUUUGGGGUCUCUGUGGGUCUCUGUGGGGUCUCUUUGAGAUCUCUGUCUCUUCGAGGUCUCUUUGGGGUCUCUGUGGGGUCUCUUUGGGGUCUCUGUGGGGUCUCAUUGAGGUCUCUCUGGGGUCUCUGUGGGGUCUCUUCUCUGUGGGGUCUCUUUGGGUCUCUGUGGGGUCUCUCUGAGGUCUCUGUGGGGUCUCUUUGGGUCUCUUUGGGGUCUCUUGUCUCUUUGGGGUCUCUUUGGGCUGACGCUCUGCUGCGCUUCGAGGUGGAGCUGGUGGGGCUGUCCCGUGCCAGUUACUGGCAGAAGGUGCUGAACGAGGUGGUGCCACUGCUGUGCCUGGCACUGGUGCCAGCGCUGCUGGGCCUCAUUGGCUUCCACCUCUACCGCAAGGCCAGCAGCCCCAAGCUGUCCAAGAAGAAGCAGAAGGAGGAGAAGAGGAACAAAGCCAAAAAGAAAUAAAACCUUCCCCCCUUUU